UUUAAGAAUGAUAGUUUCAGUAUUUCCUGAACAGCUGUCAGUGCUAGACAAUACUGAGAAUAUCAUACACGCGACCGAGAUCAUGAGGCGAAUGAUCCUCAAUUAUUAAAACGCGAAGUUUUCUCACCUCCGUUAUUAUUAUUUAAUCCGGGGUUUUUUUUUCUAUUUUAAUUUUCUUUUCUAAUUUUGAAUUUAUAAUAGUGUAGUGUGCGAGUUUUGUUCCUUUUUUUUCUAUCAUCGGGAACGCUCUUUGGAUUUACGAAAAUGGUGACGAGAAUUUCAACGAUCGUUUUAUUAUGUCUAUUCGUGUUAUGGAUUGGAUGCACCGAAAAUGCAGAAGGUGCAAGAAAAAGAUUCCGUCGGCCAACGACAUCGAGUCCCUCACUAACAAAUGAUCAAGAGGUUUCAGCGAGUGUUAAUAGACCAAAAUUAACUCGGAAUCGAGUCAGCACGAAGAACACGAAAAAUGAAUUGCAACCUGGAAAGCCGAUAGACGAUUACAAGAUUGUGUGUUAUUACACAAAUUGGUCGCAGUAUCGAACAAAAACGGGAAAAUUCAUGCCCGAAGAUAUUCAACCAGAUUUAUGUACACAUAUUAUUUUUGCAUUUGGUUGGCUGAAGAAAAAUAAAUUAACUAGUUUUGAAUCGAACGAUGAGACAAAAGAUGGAAAACUUGGACUUUAUGAAAGAAUAAUGACAUUAAAAAAAGCAAAUCCUUCACUCAAAAUUCUUCUCGCUAUUGGUGGAUGGUCCUUUGGUACACAAAAAUUCAAGGACAUGUCUGCGACACGAUAUGCAAGACAAACAUUUAUCUAUAGUGCCAUACCUUAUUUACGAGAUAGAGAUUUCGAUGGAUUAGAUAUUGAUUGGGAAUAUCCAAAAGGCGGUGACGAUAAAAAAAAUUAUGUUCUAAUGUUAAAAGAACUUAGAGAAGCUUUUGAAGCUGAAGCUCAAGAAAAGAAAAAACCACGAUUAUUGCUAACUGCCGCUGUACCAGUUGGACCAGAUAACGUUAAAGCUGGUUACGACGUUCCAGCAGUUGCCAGUUAUCUUGAUUUUAUAAAUUUGAUGGCUUACGAUUUUCAUGGUAAAUGGGAAAGGGAAACUGGACACAAUGCUCCACUUUAUUCAUCAUCACUUGAUUCAGAAUGGCAAAAACAAUUAAGCGUUGAUAAUGCAGCAUCAAUGUGGGUACGAUUGGGAACACCAAAGGAAAAACUUAUUAUUGGAAUGCCCACUUAUGGACGUUCUUUCACUUUAUCUAAUCCAAGUAACUUCAGAGUUCAUUCUCCCGCGAGUGGAGGUGGUAAAGCUGGAGAAUAUACAAAAGAAUCUGGAUUUCUCGCUUAUUACGAGAUUUGUGAGUUAUUGCAAAAUGGAGCAGCCUACAUUUGGGACGAAGAGAUGAAAGUACCCUACUUAGUGGAUCACGAUCAAUGGGUAGGAUUCGAUGAUGAAAGAUCCAUAAGACAUAAAAUGCAUUGGAUCAAGGACAAAGGAUAUGGUGGUGCUAUGGUGUGGACUGUCGAUAUGGACGAUUUUAAUGGUACAGUUUGUGUUGGCAAUGUGAAAUAUCCAUUAAUUGGUGCUAUGAGAGAAGAGCUACGUGGUGUUUCACGAGGCGUUAAUACCAAAGAUGUUGAUUGGAGUGCAGUUGCAACAACAAUAACCGAAACAAUUGUUAAAAAACCCGAACCCUAUAAAAUAUCACUCGCUGAAGUACUUAGUAAAACGAAAAAAAUUCAAAAACCCACACAAUUAGUCAUCAGUACACCAAGUCGUGAAAGAGAAGCUCAGACAAUUUGUUAUUUGACAAAUUGGUCUCAUAAACGACCGGGAAUUGGAAAAUUUUUACCUGAAGAUAUUGAUCCCACUCUAUGUACCCACAUUAUUUACGCCUUUGCUACACUGAAAAAUCAUUUACUCUCCGAAGGCAAUGAUAAAGAUGUUGAAAUGUAUAAACGCUUGAUUGAAUUGCGUGAAAAGAAUCCUGACAUCAAGAUUCUUCUGGCAAUCGGCGGUUGGGCUUUCGGUUCCACUCCAUUUAAGGAACUCACUGGCAAUACUUUCCGCAUGAAUCAAUUUGUCUACGAAGCUAUUGAAUUUCUCAGAGAAUAUAAAUUUGACGGUCUAGACGUUGACUGGGAAUAUCCACGAGGUGCUGACGAUCGAACAGCCUAUGUUAAUUUAUUAAAAGAAUUAAGAAUGGCUUUUGAGGGAGAAGCAAAAAGUUCCGGUGAACCAAAACUUAUUCUUUCUGCUGCUGUGCCUGCAAGUUUUGAAGCAAUUGCCGCUGGAUAUGACGUUCCAGAAAUAUCCAAGUAUUUAGACUUCAUUAACGUCAUGACGUAUGACUUUCAUGGUCAAUGGGAAAGGCAAGUUGGACACAAUAGUCCACUGUUUCCACUUGAAAGUGCCACAAGCUAUCAAAAGAAACUAACUGUGGAUUUCAGUGCCCGUGAAUGGGUUAAACAAGGUGCACCAAAGGAAAAAUUAAUGAUUGGUAUGCCAACCUAUGGUAGAUCUUUCACUCUUGUUGAUAAGGAUAAAUUUGACAUUGGUGCUCCAGCAUCAGGAGGUGGAACUGCAGGAAACUUCACUAAUGAACCUGGUUUCUUGUCCUACUACGAGGUUUGUAGCUUUUUGAACGAGGAUAACACAACUUUGGUAUGGGAUAGCGAACAGCAAGUACCAUUUGCUUAUCGAGAUGAUCAAUGGGUUGGAUUUGAUGACGAAAGAAGUCUCGUAAAUAAGAUGACAUGGUUGAAAGAAGAAGGCUUCGGCGGUAUCAUGAUCUGGUCAGUUGACAUGGACGAUUUCAGAGGUAGUUGUGGAACUGGUAAAUAUCCAUUGAUCAAGGCCAUGAAGAAAGAACUUUCAGAUUAUUCCGUUAAAUUGGAGUACGAUGGUCCAUAUGAGGCAAAUAUAAGAAGUGGAAAAUACACUACAAAAGAUCCGAAUGAAGUCACUUGCGAUGAAGAGGACAAUCAUAUUUCUUAUCACAAGGACAAAAACGAUUGUACAAUGUACUAUAUGUGUGAGGGCGAACGAAAACAUCACAUGCCCUGUCCAGCAAAUUUAGUUUUCAAUCCCAAUGAAAAUGUUUGCGAUUGGCCCGAAAAUGUUGAAGGUUGUCUUCAACACACUCAAGCUCCUCCAGUAUGAUUUUUUUUUCUCAAAAAUAUAAAAAAUAAAAGACCAUAAAGAAACAUUUUUUUUUUUU